UUCAAAUUUCAACACAGACACGCCCACAUGUCUAUCUCCACAUCAAGAAGGUUCCUCCUCCCCUCCGCCACCGCCACCGCCGUCGCCACUCCGUCUUCGCUGCCGCAGCCCCGCCCUGGGUUUGGUAGCUUCGACAUGAACGUUGUAAUGGUCCUAUCCGUCCUCCUCUGCGCUCUAGUUUGCUCUUUGGGUCUCAACGCAAUCCUCAAAUGCGCCUUGCGAUGCUCCACUUUGCUGGCCUCCGCGUCGGCUCGCCACGGCGGGAAUUUAGCGAUCCAUCCGAAAGGCGUUGGACGAAAUAUAUUAAAGAAAUUCCCGACGGUGGAGUACUCAAAACAGAGCAAUAAAUUCAGGGGAAUCGCAAUGGAUGGGGAGUGCGUGAUUUGUUUGGCGGAUUUCGAGCCCGGCGAUCGGGUUCGUGUUUUGCCCAAAUGCUACCAUGGGUUCCAUGUUCAUUGCAUCGAUAAGUGGCUGAGUUCCCACACUUCUUGCCCCAAGUGCCGUAAUUGCCUCUCUGAUACUUCCCGUAAGGUCGACGCCGGUUGUGGGUCAGCGGUGGAGGGGAGUUCGUCCUCUGUUGGGCCGCCGCCGCCCUCGGAGGAGGUGCUGGUGAAUGUUGGUAUUGCUCCGGUGGAACGGGAAGGUCUGACGUGUAGCUAUAGAGACAGUAGUAGAUGAGACUGAAGUGGGAAGUGGGGGCUGUGGGGCCGAUGGGCUGUGCUGUUUUUGGAUGAUUGAUUGAGCAUUUUGGCUGCUUUUUGCCUUUGCUUGCAAAAAAAGCACCUUUUUUUGCUUCUUCAUUUGGAUUAGGUGGCCAAAUGUAAAUAUCCCGUUUCUUUUAUUAGGUCAAUCUGGAUCGUAAUCAGAUUUACGUGCUAGUUUAAAUC